CUGUUCCUCGGUCCAGUGCUGUGCACAGUCUCUGGUCAUCUCCUGUACUAUGUCCGCAGUCUCUGGUUAUCUCCUGUGCUAUGUCCGCAGUCUCUGGUCAUCUCCUGUACUAUGUCCGCAGUCUCUGGUCAUCUCCUGUAGUAUGUCUGCAGUCUCUGGUCAUCUCCUGUACUAUGUCUGCAGUCUCUGCUCAUCUCCUGUACUGUGUCUGCAGUCUCUGGCCAUCUCCUGUACUAUGUCCGCAGUCUCUGGUCAUCUCCUGUACUAUGUCCGCAGUCUCUGCUCAUCUCCUGUACUAUGUCUGCAGUCUCUGGCCAUCUCCUGUACUAUGUCCGCAGUC